AUGGUAUCUGCUCUCAAGUUCCUUCUCCUGGCGGCCAGCUGUACUGCUAGCAGCAACAUUGCCGCCCGCGAUAGUAUCACCGCCACGGUAGACCUGUCAAGUUCAAAUGGAUCACCCAAGCACCUGGCUUCCGGUUUCAUCUAUGGGAUUCCGGACAACUACCCCAACCAAAUCCCAGACUCAUGGUACCAAGCAAUAGACUUCAACUACGCCCGCACCGGUGGAGCACAGCUUGGCUCUCCAGCUCGAGGAUGGAUCUACGGAACAACGGAUUACCAAGGCAGACUCCAAAAGUUUGGUGCUUCCGUCAUCUUGCUGGUACAUGACAUUUGGGGAACCGACGGCGUGACGAGCUCCACGAAAUGGCCCGGCGACAAUGGCGAUUGGACCGACUAUGACAAGUAUAUCUCUACACUCCUGAAUGAUCUGGUCUCCAAGAACAUGCUUGACGGGCUUGUUAUCGAUAUCUGGAAUGAACCCGACCUUACUGUCUUUUGGAACCGCCCUCUCCAGCAAUGGGUGAAUCUCUACAUCAGAACCCACAAGGCAAUCCGGGCCGACUCCCGCUUCAAUAACGUCAAGAUUAGCGGCCCCAGCUUGGCAAAUCAGCCGCUGUCCAGCAACUCCUGGUGGACAACGUGGCUGUCGCAGGUUGCUGGCAACAACACCGUACCAGAUCAGUACUCGUACCAUCUGGAGGGCGACUACACGAAUCAGGUCGACGAUCCACAGUAUACCAAUGCUUCCCUCGCUGCGCUGCUGAGCACCUACGGCUUGCCAGGUCGUGAGGUCAACAUUAACGAAUAUGCCACAUAUACUGAGAUGAAGCCCUCUGGAUAUGCCUGGUGGAUUGCUCGCCUUGAAAGAUACAACUUUUGGGGUCUUCUUGGAAACUGGCAAUCUGGAACAACAUUGCACGAUCUGUUUGCCAAUUUGAUCACAAAGUCGAGCAAUCCAUAUACAUACAGUGCCACUGAUUACGUUGCUGCACCCGGCUUCUGGGUCUACAAGUACUAUGCCCAAAACAUGACGGGCGUACGUCUUACCACAACCGGCAGUACCGAUAGGAUAUUGGAUGUGUACGCGACCAAGGACUCGAGCACGGUUCGGUUGCUCGUGGGUUCUCGCAUCACCACGGGCACUUGGGCUGUGCAGGUCAACAAGCUGAGCUCCCUUGGCUACGGGACAUCAGGCACCGUCACCAUCAGCACUUGGGGCUUUGAUGGGUCAGAUCCUCUGGCAGCACAAGCUGCACCGAGCUUCCGCAACACUGUUGACCACACCUUUUCCGACGACACGUUGACCUUUCCCAUCUAUCAGGACAACAACUACAAUGCCUGGGCCUUUGAAUUUGCAGUGCUGAAUUAA